CGUUGCCCUUUCCCCUCCCCUCGUCCCCUUCCGGGUCAGCGCAGCUGAGGCGGUCGCUGGUGUCCCCCUUCCCCUCCCCUACGGCCUGAGGGCCUCGCGGGUUGGCCGCCGGGUAGGUGCGAGCCGGGCGUGUUCCCGCCAGGUCUCCCCGGUCGUGUGAGCGGCGCCGCGACCAUGACGUCCAUCAUCAAGCUGACCACCCUGUCCGGGGUGCAGGAGGAGUCCGCGCUCUGCUACCUGCUGCAGGUCGACGAGUUCCGCUUCCUCCUGGACUGCGGCUGGGACGAGAACUUCUCAAUGGACAUCAUCGACUCCCUCAGGAAACACGUACACCAAGUUGAUGCAGUGCUACUUUCUCACCCCGAUCCUCUACAUCUUGGUGCUCUUCCAUAUGCAGUUGGGAAGAUGGGUUUAAAUUGUGCUAUCUAUGCAACUAUUCCUGUAUAUAAAAUGGGCCAGAUGUUUAUGUAUGAUCUCUAUCAGUCUCGCCACAAUACAGAAGAUUUCACCCUCUUUACACUGGAUGAUGUAGAUGCAGCCUUUGAUAAAAUUCAGCAACUAAAGUUCUCUCAGAUAGUGAACUUGAAAGGCAAAGGUCAUGGUCUGUCCAUCACACCAUUGCCAGCUGGCCACAUGAUAGGAGGAACCAUUUGGAAGAUUGUCAAAGAUGGAGAAGAGGAAAUUGUUUAUGCUGUUGACUUCAACCACAAGAGGGAGAUACAUCUGAAUGGUUGCUCCCUGGAGAUGUUGAGUAGGCCUUCACUGCUUAUCACGGACUCCUUUAAUGCUACAUAUGUACAACCCAGACGGAAGCAAAGAGAUGAACAAUUGCUAACUAAUGUCUUGGAAACAUUGCGGGGUGAUGGAAACGUGCUAAUAGCUGUGGAUACAGCUGGCAGAGUUCUGGAACUUGCCCAACUUCUUGAUCAGAUUUGGAGAACAAAAGAUGCAGGAUUAGGAGUUUACUCUCUAGCACUUUUGAAUAAUGUCAGCUAUAAUGUAGUGGAGUUUUCUAAAUCACAGGUUGAAUGGAUGAGUGACAAAUUGAUGAGAUGUUUUGAAGACAAGAGAAAUAAUCCGUUCCAGUUCCGUCAUCUCUCUUUAUGUCAUAGUCUUUCUGAUCUGGCUCGAGUGCCAAGUCCAAAAGUCGUGCUUGCUAGCCAACCUGAUCUGGAAUGUGGGUUUUCAAGAGAUCUCUUUAUCCAAUGGUGUCAGGAUUCCAAAAACUCGAUCAUUUUAACUUACAGAACAACUCCAGGGACACUAGCACGAUUCUUGAUAGAUAAUCCUUCUGAAAAAGUUAUAGAUAUUGAGCUGAGGAAACGUGUUAAACUUGAAGGGAAGGAACUCGAGGAGUAUCUAGAAAAGGAGAAGCUAAAGAAAGAAGCAGCUAAAAAAUUAGAACAGUCCAAAGAGGCAGAUAUUGAUUCCAGUGAUGAAAGUGAUGUUGAAGAGGAUAUUGAUCAGCCAUCUGUACAUAAAACCAAACAUGAUUUGAUGAUGAAGGGUGAAGGUAGCCGGAAAGGAAGCUUCUUCAAACAGGCCAAGAAGUCCUAUCCUAUGUUUCCAGCCCCAGAAGAGAGAAUUAAAUGGGAUGAAUAUGGAGAGAUUAUUAAAGCCAGAGUUACAUACAUAGAUUAUGAAGGACGCUCUGAUGGAGACUCCAUUAAAAAAAUCAUUAACCAAAUGAAACCACGACAGUUGGUCAUUGUCCAUGGACCACCUGAGGCCAGUCAAGACCUUGCAGAGUCCUGCAGAGCUUUUGGUGGGAAAGACAUUAAAGUUUAUAUGCCCAAACUUCAUGAGACAGUAGAUGCGACCAGUGAGACUCACAUCUAUCAGGUCAGGCUAAAGGAUUCUCUAGUCAGUUCCCUUCAGUUCUGUAAAGCUAAAGAUGCUGAACUGGCUUGGAUAGAUGGUGUUCUGGACAUGCGAGUUUCAAAAGUGGAUACGGGGGUCAUUUUGGAAGAAGGGGAGCUGAGGGAAGAUGAAGACAUGGAAAUGCAAGUGGAUAUGCCUUCUUCAGACUCCAGUGCUAUUGCACAGCAAAAAGCCAUGAAGAGUUUGUUUGGUGAUGAUGAUAAAGAAAUGUGUGAGGAGAGUGAGAUCAUUCCUACACUGGAACCACUGCCCCCACAUGAGGUUCUUGGACAUCAAUCUGUGUUCAUGAAUGAGCCAAGGCUGUCAGACUUCAAGCAAGUUCUUCUGCGAGAAGGAAUUCAAGCUGAAUUUGUCGGCGGUGUUCUUGUAUGCAACAACCUAGUGGCUGUUCGCAGGACUGAAACUGGGCGCAUUGGAUUGGAAGGCUGUCUCUGCCAGGACUUCUAUAGAAUAAGAGACCUUUUAUACGAGCAGUAUGCAAUUGUUUAAAAGUUGCGCUACGAAGAUGUCUUUACUUGAACCUUAAAAGAGAAUGUGGAUUUCUACCAUUUUAUUUUUAUGGCUUUCUUUUUGUAGCUUUUGUAAUUUAUACAGAGAAUACUAAUUCUUAAGAGAAAUUCCCCAUCCAAAGGCAGUAAACUAAUCUAAACAGGGAAGUAACUGAUAUCACAGCUCUAUGGUACAUUCCAUGUUGUUAGCUUUCAAACUGUUAAGAUUACUGUUACUAAUGCCACUUUUUGUAUAUUUUUAGUUGUUUGGCAGUGUUUCCUUUCUAAACUUUCUUCCAAGAAGGGUUCAACUGAUCAAACAUGCACUUUGCCAUGAUACAGCGUAUACAGUUUAGGCGUAAGAGUGCAAAAUAUAAAAGAAAUCUGUUUUCUUGUUUUGCAAAUUCAAAGAAGGGAAAAGCAGUUUUCUCAUGUAAAGUUUUGUGAUUCGGGUGAGGAAAGGGGCGAGAUUCCUCUUGUGAACAGGAGAAGCUUUGAUUUUAAAGUGAAAUUUUUUGGGCCAUUGAAAAUCAGCCUGCAGCUUAUGGUUACUUUCCCCCAAAGGUUAAUAUGCACCCAUGUUAAUGCUGUAACUGUGUCCUGUUACAGAUGGAUACAGUACCAUACAAGGUGUUGUUGAAUACAAUAUCUUAGUAUACUGGGGCAGAAGCAGCUUUUAAAAUAUUGCCAUAAGGUACUGUAAUACAGAAUAUGAUUUAAAAAUUCUGCAAAUUUAUUUGCAAAACACGUGCUUUUAAAUUUUCCAGGUACUAUACAGAUGCAUACAAUAUCUAACUUCUAGCUGUUGAAGUAUGUUAUGCCAAUUAUAACACUUUUAUUUAUUUUUUUCAACAAAAAAUAUCUGUUUUUUGUUAAUUAGGUUUAGUAAUGUGAUCUGAGUAUGGGGGAUAGGCCUUUCUUAAAUCUUAAUUCUUCAUUCAUGGGUUUAACUCAUAGGUGCCAGGCUUUAUAAAACUUGUUCUGUUGCUGCAGUGGGAUAUAGUACAGCUAGCAGUGCAAAAAUUGUUAAUGAUGAAUAUAGUCUUGGAUGAUUUCAUUUCUGGAUUGAAAAUGGUGAUGGAAUACAAACAAGGCACUAGCCUGUUCACAGAAUGACAUUAGUUCCAGCAUCUGUUUUUGAUCAGUAUUUGAACUUUUUUUUUUUAAACAUAACAUGCCUUAAACUUGUGUUGUACUUUUUUUGUUUAAAAGGAAACCUUUUGCUGAAAUACUGGCAAAAUAUUAGCCCUGUGGGCUGCUGAUGGAACAAUAGUUAGACUGUAAUUUUUUGACUAGUUGGUGUUAUAUGGCUGAUCUGCCUAUUUAUACUGUUUAAAAGUUGGAAAGUUAGAGUGGCUUAAACUGGGAAGAGUGUGUUCAAAAACAAAACUAAACCAAACUCUGGUACUAGUUGUAAAAAUAUAAUGCAUUUUAAAAUCUUACGUUGAAUAAGAAGAAAUGUAUUUUGCUACGCACAUUCUUUACUUAAGGCAAAUUGCAAAAUUAAUACAAAACUUGUUUCUUUUUUGCUGUAAAAUUUAAGCAGUGCUUCAGAAAAUAUUCUUUUUGGUCAUACUGGCCAGUAGAAUUUCCUGUUAACACUUUGAAUCUUCAACACCAAUGUUGUGACACAGUGUAAAUCUAAAUACUUUUCAGAUGGUUGUCAGCAAAUGUCACUGUUAACAUUGUUCUGAUGUUUUUACAAAGUU